AUGGCACCAGCCUAUACAUUCAGCACCUCAAUACAAGCCCCCCCAGGACCCAGCGCAAAGUUGGUACUCCCAUCCCAAGACGCCAACUCCGAUACGAACCCCACUAUCUUCAACGAUGCAAUGAUAAUCCGCAAGCACGUCUUCAUCGACGAGCAACAAUGCAAUGCAGACGCUGAGAUCGACAGCGACGAUGCUCGCAGCUGGCACUGGGUGCUAUACGAAACCUCCACCGCGAGUUCCACGCCCGUGGGGGUGAUUCGCCUCGUUCCCCCACCGCAGGCGCCACAUGCCCACCUCACGGAACCAUCAAUGGUAGACGCACAAGCACCUCCCCAAUACGACUGGAUGCAUGAGCCCUGUAUCAAACUGACUCGGGUGGCGAUAAUACCGGCCUUCCGCGGUCUCGGGCUUGGGCGACGAUUAGUGGAGACAGCGCUAGAGUGGGCGGCUGUGCAUGCAUCGGAAAUAGGCGAGGCCGCGGGGGCGUCACCUGUCACUCCGUUACCAUGGCAGGGGUUGGUUCUUGUACAUGCUCAGGUGGAUGUGGAGGGGAUGUAUGCUGGCCUUGGGUUUGAAACCGAUAAGUCGCUGGGUCGGUGGGACGAGGAGGGAAUUGACCAUGUGGGUAUGUUCCGCCGCGUCGUUCUGGUUGAAGAGGAAUCUGCAGUGACACGAGCAGCCCAAGAUUGA